AUGGUCUUCUCUCAAUCCUUCCCCAGCACACAGCCUGCUCCUGCCAUGCCUAGUUCAUCCGACUUGGACUGCUUAUACCCGCCUACUACCCCGACAGCAGAGGCCGUUGGCGGAAGUGGAAUCAUUUUUACGGGCCCCAUGAUUCCUGGCACUCGAUGCCCUACUUGCGCUCUUGAGGGCAAGGAAGUGUGGGUUAUCCCGGGCAGAUGCUGCGGCUACUGCGGCACACCAUGUGAUGAUGAGCAUUGA